AUGCGGAAGGCAUGCUUGUGCUUGUCUGCCAUCGCCCUCCUCAACACACUAAUUUUGGACAGCGCGUUCUGCCGCCGAGCUCAACUUUCGGUCUUUGAAGUGGACAUGGCACAGUCCCUCGCUCGUUGUCUGUCGCUCUCAAAAACUCUGCGCGUACGUCAUGUCUCAGAGGUAGCCUCACUUGGACGCUUUAGCACCUCCUCGGUUCUCCUCCGACGAAGACCACCAGUCGCAGAAGAGGUUGGACGCCGCCGGACAAGUCCUGUUAUUGAAGAUGAUAUGGAAGAGCUGUGGGACCAACUGGAGGAGCAUGGAGAGGUGGAGGAUUCCCCGUCAGGUGGACAUAUUAUACUACAGCAGCAGCGAGAGAGGUUGCACUACUUGAGGCUCAUUGAACACGAGAUGCCUAAGCUUGUCGCAUACCGGAAACAAUUUGUCCCCCCACCUGCGGAGCACUCCCUAAUUGUCCGCUCCGUACACUACCAGGGCGAAUCCCACCCAGCCGCGCUCAAGCGUGCCAUUGUCGUUCCAGUCGACAAACUUCCCUUGAAGAAUGAAGCUGCCACGCAUAAACUCAUCCUUCUUGCUGGGCCACGAUGGACACCAGACCCUCCCGCUGAUGCGGGCGUUAGCGGCCUGGACGACUGGGGCAAUGGUUACAUCAAAAUCUCGUGCGAGGACUUCCCGGAAGCGUCUAUGAACCUGAAGUGGGCGAGCGACACACUCGACAAGCUUCUUGAGGAGGCUAAUAACGAGAAAGACGACUUCAACGACGUGCCGAUUGACCUCCGCCAUAUUUAUGCAAAGGCUCUCAAGUCCAAGAAGGGUGACCACCUUCGGAGUCGGGUAUUCCACAGGCCAUCUAUCGCGGAUUUCCCUAAGGAGUGGCUGCCGGACACCCCUGCUUCGUCAUAA